AUUUACAAAUAUGUCAAAAUUCGACAUAAUUGUCACGACAAUCCCACAAUUGUGGUGACGUAAUAAUUUGACUGUGGUUUUUUGACAUAUGUCGAGUUUUAUUAAACGCUUUUUUAAAUGACAAAUAUGUCACGUUUUCACGGUCGAUUUUUGACAUAAUUGUUACCUUUAUAAAACAGCCUAAGCGCGACAAUUCUACAAUUUUGUCAUUUUUUGACAGAUAUGUCGAAUUGUCAGCUUUAUAAAACAGGGCCAAGGUCCAACUUGACCGACUUCAGAUUUUUAAUCUGUUACUACCUACUGCUGUCGUGAAGAGCGUUUGACAUUGCUUGCUUAUUUUAUUGAAUUUGUGAAAAAAUAGACGAUUUGAGCUAUAGGAUUAGUUUGAAAAAAAGAAAAUAUCUUCAGGGUUGUUCCUUGUUAUUGUUAUUCAGGCAGUGGUAAAUAUACCAAAGUUAUAAAAUAAAAAUUAAGAAAAAUAAAUAGCUCAUAAAAAUAAAAUGAAUUUGUUAUAAAGAGAUUGCUCAAGUUAGAAGUUAGUGUAGUUUCGUGUUACGGGGUCACACGGAGGAGUGAUGUGUGAUCGGUACCCGGGAUACCUUUUUGGGGGCACCCCAGUCAGUAGCUGGGACAGGAGCUUUAAUACAAUGGAAAAUCAAAUCCAACACCAGUACAGUCGUCGCGUGGGCGGGACUCGUUGUUGGGGCAGCAUGUCUGAGGGCGGAGUCGCCGGCGCGGGGGACACCUGCAAGACCAACCUCAUCGUCAAUUACCUCCCUCAGACCAUGACGGAGAAGGAUCUCUACGCCAUGUUCAUGACGAUCGGACCCAUUGAGAGCUGUCGCGUUAUGAAGGACUUCAAGACUGGCUACAGUUACGGGUUUGGUUUCGUGAAUUUCACCCGCGAAGAGGACGCGGCGCGUGCCAUCGACACCUUUAAUGGCUACCAGCUUAGGAAUAAACGGUUAAAGGUUUCCUACGCGCGGCCGUCAGGCGAUGAUAUUAAGGACACGAACUUAUACGUGACUAACCUGCCUCGCGCCAUCACAGAGGAACAGCUGGAGACGAUAUUCGGCAAGUACGGCCGGAUAGUGCAGAAACACAUCCUGCGUGACAAGAGCAACGGCACGCCCCGCGGCGUCGCCUUCGUGAGAUUCGACAAAAGGGAAGAGGCGCAAGAGGCGAUAGCGGCGCUAAACAACGUGAUACCAGAGGGCGGCACUGAGCCACUCAGCGUCAAGGUGGCCGAGGAACAUGGGAAGCAGAAAGCUGCGUACUACGCAGGUUGGGCGGCGGGGUUUCAUCAUAAUCGAGGAGACUUCGCGUGGAGUUGUGGGACCUGCAUGAUGGAUCCGUGGGACAAGCUCCCACCGCUGGGCGGCAGUUACCCUUCCACGCCCCGGAACGGCUGUCGACCUGGCGCCUGCGCAAAUACGAGGAUCUAUCCUAAUUAUAUGCCGGGUAAAGGCACCCCUAGAUCGAGUAGGGGCAGGAACCUCCCCUGGGCCCCUGGAUUUGGGGCCGAAGAGAGGUACAAAGGACAAAGGUGCAGAAACGGCCCCUCACCGUACUGGUGAAACGUUAAUACAAGCGUAAAUGCUUUAUACACUUGUUGAGAUUAUAAAAAGGACCCGAAUAAAAUGGCUCCAGGAUUGGCCUUAAUGGGGCUAAGUUUUACUAAUCAUUGCACAUGAGCCUUAGCCAAUUUCAAUUUCUCUAUUUGUAUAUUUGUUAAGUUUUGUACAGAGGAAUUGUUCCAGUACUAAUGAAAUAUGAACUAGUAUAUUUUUGUACAGAGCAACAUUUGAUUUUGUACCGAGUCGUGGUACUGUAGGGUCUGUAGGAAGUUUGAGGAGUAUUAAGGAGAAGCGCUUAAACUGGUACUAUGAUACAAUAGUACAACGGCGUAUGACGAUAGGUUGGCAGGUUACCAGCGUGUCCGUAGACAGUAAGGGUUGUACCAGAUCUAGUCUCAUUGCAUAGCACUUUCCUAUGCUUCUAUCCUUUUCUAUCAAUGAGAACUUUAAUUUGCUAUAGGGAGGUAUACAGCGGGAACUGUAAUACGAUAGCAAAUGUAUCCGCGCGCGGCAGCAAAGGCGAAACAAAUCAUCCAUGCUUCUAGAUUAUGGUUCAACCCUAAUCUUUAAAGUUUUUUAAGAUGCUCAGGGCAUAACAACGGAACGCAUUGUAUGUUUUGUUUUACUUUACUCCCAGUCUAGUAUAGAAGUAACAAAUCACGGACCUUAAAGCCUCGUAUGUACUAGGCAACAAUUAACGCGCAACACGUAACGCUCAACAUGUACAGCAACGUUGCGCAACAGCGCGCGACGUUGCCAGCUGUAGCGCAACAUGUCGCGCGGAUUGUUUUUGUUUAGAGAUCAUCGUUAGUUGGGCGUCAAUUGUUGCCGAGUGGAGACGUGACGCGCAACAACACUAGUUCCUCUGGCGACAUGCUGUCGACGACGGAGGUGAAGUAGAUGCGUAGACAGACAAAGUUGUUAAACAAAAGUUCCGCGCAUACAUUCAACAUGAUAAGCAACAGAUUGUGCAACAUGUUGCGCGCCUAAUGUUGCCAUGUAGAAACGCGGCUUAACCAAGUUGCAAACGACUGUGACAAUCAAACUUACUAUUGUCAUAACCGUUUGCUAAGGCCCUAGUGCAUUUGCUAAUCCGGAUCUAUGACUGUAGGAUGCAAUUGUGACUGUAAGUCAGUGCUAAUGGGUAGGAAGGGCAUGCAAAUUUGAUCUCAAAUAUUUUUUGUAAAUAGUAUCAGUAGUAUUUUAGUUCGUCAACCAUUGUAAAAGGUAAAUAAUUAAAUGAAGUUCGGCGAAUGUAAUUGGUAGACUAAUGAUAGUUCUGAAGACUAGGCGCCUUAGCCAAGUUGCAAACGAUUACGAUAAGCGACGGAGUCUCUUCUUUUAGUCCUAUUAUACCCUGCUAGAAGAAAUUCAAAGGUGGGGAUGUAGGUCGAAUGAUAGAUUUCCGCACCUUCCAAAGCGAAAGAGUUGUCGAAUAAAAUGUAUGGGGUUGAUAUUUCCCUUUACUCUGACCUUCAUUAUGCGCACUACUAGGGAGUGGAAUUCUUUGCCGUCUUCUGUAUUUCCGAAUGCAUAUAAACUUCUGGUCGAGCUCGUUCUAUCUUAGGCCUCGUCAAUGCCUUCGGGCAAGUCUGGGGCCUAGAGCAAACCCAUCAAAGGUAAAAAGAAGUCUGUCGUUUUUCGUAUUCAUUUGCAAUUUGGCUAAGGCCCUAAAUCUCAAGGUAGAGUCAGGUAUAUUUAGGAACCGCAUUGGGAGUUCAAAGUGCUUUUAAGUACGUUACUUUUGGAUCACAACUUAAUGAAUUUAUGGUUUAUGGCACUAACCCGUGCUUAGGAACACAUUAGAGCGAAAAGACACAACAACGAAUCUUCGUAUAACAAUAGUAGUUACACAUAAAUGCGAAUUUUUGUUUUACAAAUCAUUAAGCCUCACGGCUUGCAUGGGCUGUGCUUUAGCGCUCGGCGCGAUAUAUAUAUCGCGGGUUGCGACUAGUAGACGCAGCAAAUGCUUUCUGUGUAGAUAAACCCUAUACGGGUAUUGGGCGAAACCUUAUACUUGUCGCACCGCGCGCGAUAGUUUAGUUGUGCAGACCCCGCAGUUAGGAAAGGCACGGAUAUUGAUCGUUGCAAGUAAAACAGUCGAAUUUGGGUCUUUGUUAUGAAGUGACGCACGGGAAGCGACGCGAUUGGUCUGUUAUAUGAUGUUUCUUACACGCGAUUGGUCUGUCAGAUUUUUUACUAUUUUGUCGCGUUUUUUUCCCACUUUUCGCCCAUCGUUCAAUACACGUGCCUGAGUAUUAUAUAUUAGUAAUAUUUAUAUUCGGGGAAUUUGGCUUGCCAUCAACGCGAGGAAAGGUGAGCAAUCUGCGUGAGAGAUUUUUGCCUGCUUAUUGUUAAGGAUGAGAGUCAGACUGAUCGCCAUCAUGAGUCCGUAAAACUAGAUUGUGUUUUAAUGAAAUGCUCCCUCAAUCAGCGCUUAUCGCUAUCGACCCACUAGAGUCGAUUAAUUCUUUCAAAUAUUUUUCCUCUCGGACGACGCCCUGAGCCGAGGUUCGCGCCCAACUGGGCACCCUCAGGCCUGUUGUCUUAAACGUUGUACCGGGUGAGAGCCUUCAGCGCUCCCCAUUUGUCCGGCCAAGUAGUUAAUC